AUGGAGCCCGGCGAACAGCAGGCGAGCGUUUUGGACGCUCUCCGUGAAAUCCAGCGCACUCAAUCGCUUCUCGUGAACGCUGUUGAGUCGCUGUCGGGCAAGUCGAUAGACGAAGCGGCCGGGUCCAACGGCGACCUUACUGCCAACAGCAUCUAUGCUCCGGCUCCUCCAACGCCCAGCCAACGCCAAGGCUUUACGUCGCGCAUUAUCUUGACGACGUAUCCUAAGCAAAUUGGAAUCAAGCCUUUGCCUAUGGACUGGGGAAACUCAGAUCCUUCUAAACGCGGCCCUAUCGUAGUUUCCAGGGCUGCCUCCACUAUCCGACGUCGUAAUGCCCAUGGUGGUUCGUACUCUAUCUACUACGCCCUCGCUGUUGCCAGCAACGAGCUGAGCGGCGAUCAUCGACCCGAUUUUACCAACACCGAGCCGGCCGCGAACAUUGGUCCUUUCCCUCAGUGGGGAGACCCCAGCAAGAUCGUGGCGAUGGACCCUUGGGGUCAUCUUGCCCCCUGGCUUUUCAAAGACACCAUCGAGAAAGACAAUGUCGACAUUCGACCGACCAUUGCCAUCACCAAGGCUCAUAUGAAGCUACCUGAGCUUGCCGAGAGUGUCAAGGCUGGACGUCUGAUUCCUGAUGGCAAGGUGUGCCUCAAUGAUCAGGGUGAACUGGCUGUCACCAAGUUCGCCGUUGAACCUGUCUGGUAUCUACCUGGUGUUGCAGAGAGAUUUGGCAUCGAUGAGGCUACACUCCGACGUUCCCUGUUUGAACAUACCGGUGGAAGUUACCCAGAGUUGAUCACUCGUGGAGACAUCAAAGUCUUUCUUCCACCCAUCGGUGGUCUUACCGUCUACUGCUUCGGAGACCCUGCAAAGAUGUCGGAUGAGUCUGUUCGACUGUCUCUGAGAAUCCACGACGAGUGCAACGGCAGUGACGUGUUCGGAUCUGACAUCUGUACUUGCCGACCAUACCUCAUCUUUGGUAUCGAGGAAGCCGUCAAGGAGGCGCAGAAUGGUGGAAGUGGCGUAGUCAUCUACUUCAGAAAGGAGGGACGAGCCCUGGGAGAAGUUACCAAGUAUCUUGUCUACAAUGCCCGUAAACGCGGAGCCGAUCGAGCAUCAGACUAUUUCAAGCGGACCGAGAACAUUGCCGGGGUCAAGGACAUGCGAUUCCAGGCUCUGAUGCCGGACAUCCUGCACUGGCUAGGCAUCAAGAAGAUUGACAGGAUGCUUAGCAUGAGCAAUAUGAAGCACGAUGCGAUCGUGGGACAGGGGAUCCCUAUCCAUGAGAGAGUCGAGCUUCCCGAGGAGCUGAUUCCGGCCGACUCGAGAGUCGAGAUUGACGCCAAGAUUACAGCUGGCUACUUUACGACGGGCAAACGUAUGACGACUGAGGAGCUGCAGGCGGUCCAGGGAAGAAUCUGGGAAGACUUCGACCACUAAUCCGGACGGGCUGAAGGGCGCGGGACAGGGACGGGAGAGACGUGGCGGACUUGGCUGUCGCGGGGUGCGUCAGCAGCGACCAACUGUGCAUGUCGGUCUGGGUCGUUUGGCGUGGGAGGCUCAUCUUGAUUGAUCAGAAUCCAUACGAUGCCACGGUGCCACGGUGCCAUCCGCCCAUGGUGUUGGGGCUGAGCGCCCCGAAAGAGGUACCCGGUCAAAGUGGGAGGUCGCACAGGGCAAUCAGGGGCGAUGCUGGAAACUUUGGAACGGCCGUUUUCGCAAGCGCCUCCAAGGAGCCGGGUUGUAGAGGUUGCGAGAUUUGAAGAUGGAGAAUGACAGGUCGCUGGUGGAACUCGGGAUGGAAGCCUACGGGCCGGCCCCCACGAGGCCGGUGAGGCGGUCAUAGGACGUAAAUAAGUGUAAUUGCGCCUACUUUACCUAUGUACGGAUACUCUUACCGUUCCC